CACGCAGACGCGCCCUAUGCGCUGCUGCGCCAACUGGCGCAUAAGGGCGCCGAAGAGAGGAGCGCUCUGGAAACGCCGCCGCUAUCCGCAACUGCGGAUCCACGCGCAAACCCUCUCGAAUCUGCUUACAGCCAUGUCCAGGCUCCUGGAGGGCGACGACACCAGGCUUCCGAGGGUUGAUGAUACCUUUACACAAAAGACGGUUAAUGAUGCGAGAAAGAGGAAGUGGAGGAUGCCACAGAGGAAGCAAACGAAGAGGUCUGGACAUCCUGCAGGCGAGGAAUUGUUGGACGAGAUGGUGUGGGAGAUCUUAAUCCGGCUGCCUGUGGAGUCGCUGGCUAGGAUCAAGUUGGUUAGCAAGGUCUGGUACACCAUUAUCUCCCAACCUGUUUUUGUUCGUGCACACCUCCAAUGCUCCAAACAGAAACAACAUCACAAUCCGUCUUCCUUCCUCAUCACCCCCCAGAUUUAUCUACUCCCUCCGUCCCAAAAUAAGUGUCUUGAGCUUAGUACAAAUUUGUAUUUGUACUAGAGCUAGUACAAAGUUGAGACACUUAUUUUGGGACGGAGGGAGUACAUUCCAAUCCCUCAGGCAUUUUUUCCACCAACAUCCGUUUCUUCCAGUGGUCUUUACAAGAAGAUGAUUUGCCAAAAGUAGCAACAAAAGUUGGAAUGAGUCAUAGUAGUAGCGCAAUGCUUCUUCACGGGAGGCACUUCCCGGCUGGCAAGUUUGGGUUGGUGUCCCAGAUGGCACACUGCGAUGGGUUGGUGCUGCUCCCUACAGACACCAAUGCUUAUGUCUUCAACCCGGCCACUAGAGAUGGCAUUGCUCUGCCGAGGAGUCAUCACAACGUGUUGCAACGUCUCGUAUGCCUUCCCAUUGGUUUGGGCCUUGAUGUUUCCACUGGCACAUAUAAGGUUGCACGGUCUUUCUUCCGUUCAUGUGAUUACAAUUCCGUUGCAAUGGGGAUGGAGGUCAUCACCAUUAAUUGCCGAGAGGGGUCUUGGAGGGAAACCUUGGUGGAUCCACCGUACCUUAUCCUUUGUCCGCAAACUGCCAUACACUGCAAGGGGUGUCUAUUCUAUUUCAUCGAUAGGGAAAAUCAGCCAUGCUCCCCACAGGGGCUGCUUCGUUUCAGCCUUCAAGACGAAACUUUCGGCAUCACUCUGUUGCUUAACAACCUCUACCCUACAGUUGAAGAUGAAGAUAUUGUUAUCCAUGAGCUUGGUGGGGAAUGCGCUACUUUCUUCUGCAAGAGUAUGCAACGAGUAUUGAUCUGGAUGACAAGAGAUAUAUUGGUCCCGGAAUGGGAAUGUCACUAUGUAAUGAAUGUUUCAGACCAGUGCUUGCCAAUGGCCUCACUUAGCAAUGGCGAGAUUCUUCUACGGAGAGGCCAUUGUCUCUUCCGUUAUUACAUGAAGGAUCAUGGUGUAAAAGAAAACGACAUGUUCGAUAUCGAUGAGCUAAGGUUCCUUGGGCCUAGUGAAGACACAUUGGGACAUGCAUGGGAAAAUUUAUUUUGGUUCGACCUACUCUAUUACACGCCAAGUCUUGUUCCAGUUACUCCUAAGGCGAGCUUACAUGCCUCAUAAGACCAUGUACACUGCAAGGUGUUUAGAGAAGUGCUUGUAUAAAUAAAUUGUUUUUUCCCUUAAGUACCGGUGCUUGUUUCUA